AUGGCCCUGCCACUCUACGGCUGCAGGCCCUGCGCUGUGCAUGACGCCAUCGUCUUCUGCCUCUGCUGCGUCGCCAGGCUGUGCCUUCACUGCGACGCCGCCGUGCACAGGGCCACCGACGCGCCCGCCGUGCUGCGCUGCGGCGGCACCGUGACGCUCUGCGCCGUGUGCGCCGGCCGCGGCGCUCCCGGCUUCACCCGCACCGGCGUCGCCACGUACACCGGCUGCCCCGGCCCCGCCGAGAUGGCGCACCUCAUCUCCGUGGACCCGCCGCAGCCGCAGCAGGACUUGGAGGCCUGGCUCGCCGACAAGCUGCCGCGUCUCCUGGAGGACGACGAGCAGGAUCAUCAGCUCCCGCCAGAUUGGGAUGUCGCCAUGGAAACCGCCAGGCUCGAGAAGAUGCUGGCAGACAGCUGCUACACAGCCUGA